AAUCCCACACUGAUUCUUAGUAACGAAAGCGCGGUGUGAUUGUUCGUUUUGUUUCGAAAUGUGCUUUCUAUGCGGUUUUCGAGGCGGACACUCGCACGCCGACAACAAGGCGUCAUCGACAGAGAUCUCCCAGCAAGAACAACAGCAGCAACAAGAACAUCAGUCGUCGUCUGGCGUUGUGACACGGUCGAGAUUGCGCGCUAGCAACAGCGCCAAUCCCAAUCCCAACCCCACUCCCAAUUCUAGUUCUACGAGCACUGCGACGACUGCGACUGCGACUGCGACUCGGGUCGGAUGGCACAAGUACCGCAAUGACAAGUUCCCUGGCAAGGAGUACGUGCCCACGCGCGCAGAGCACCUCGCCAACAUUUGGUCGCAUGCGGUCGGCAUUCUGUUUGGCUUGUUCGCGCUGUGGGACAUGCAGCGAAACGCGGAUUCGCGCCCAAAGCUGGUUGCCGCCUGGACGUACGGCGUCUCUCUGAUUGCCCUCUUUGGCGUGUCGACCAUGUACCAUGUCGUGUUUUACAACCACUGGGGCGAAUUUCUGACGCGCCUCUUCAAGCUGGGCGACCGCGUCAUGAUCUUUGUGUUUGUCGCGGGAUCGUACACACCCUGGAUUCUGCUCGUCGAUCUGCCAGACAGCUUCCUGUGGGGCGAGACCAUGCUCACCGUCAUCUGGAGCAUUGGCUUUGCGGGUAUUGCCUUCUCGUCCUUUUUCACGCUGACCAAGCGGCGGACAACCACGGUCGAAAUCAUCGAACUGGGCUUUUACCUCGGGAUGGGCUGGAUUGGCGCCUUUGUCGCGCAGCCCAUGAUGGCGUCCGGCGUGUCUGGGGUGGCGCUCUCGCUUCUGGUUGCAGGCGGCCUCAGCUUCUCCAUCGGAGUCUACUUUUUCCGCCUGGACGGCAUCAUGCCGUUCGGACACACCGUCUGGCACAUCUGGGUGAUUAUUGGUUGCGCCUUCCACUAUCACGCCGUCUGCCACCACUUGCUGCCCUCCGCGACCCACCCUUCGACGCAUGCCAUCAUGUCGAGCGCUUAGAACCUCAGAAGGAUCAGAUUGUUGUUGUUGUUGUUGUUGUUGCUGUGUCCAGUUUUUUUUUUUUUCAGUCCAAUCCAAAAACCCCUCGUCGUUUCCUG